CGGUUCUAUUUUCUGUGGUUGUUAUUUAGCCGCCCGGAAGUAAGGGGAUUAAAUUUUGGUGUUGUAUUUUUACUUUUGUUUUAAAGCCCGUAAUAACGUUCAUAUUUAAUUCCAGCAUUGUAAUAGUAUCAGAUAUACUUACAAAACGAAAUGAGUAAAGCACAUCCGCCAGAACUUAAAAAGUUCAUGGAUAAGAAACUAUCAUUGAAGCUGAAUGGAGGACGACAUGUAGUGGGUAUUCUUCGUGGCUUUGAUCCAUUUAUGAAUCUUGUUGUGGAUGAAACAGUGGAAGAACGGAAGGACGGCAGUAAAAAUAAUAUUGGCAUGGUGGUCAUUCGGGGAAACAGUAUUGUCAUGUUGGAGUCACUGGAUCGUGUUUGAAAGUCAUAUUUUUCCAGAAAUUAUUGCAGCUUUAAAGUUAUAAUGUAUGUGUGUCUUGUAUGUAGCUAAAGAUGUAAUUUCCACAACAUAAAGCUCAUAAGUUUUGUAACUUA